AGCAAUAAUGAAAAUUUGGCAACCAAAGGACUGCUGCUGCUGCAGCUUGCGGACUGGAAGUUUGGUGGUGGGCUCACUGGCUCUGGCAGGAGCCAUCUUGGACCUGAUAAAUGCCUGUGCUGGAACAUUUGCUUUUGUCAUACAGUACCUGGCAAAAUUGAAACUAAUCAGCUGUUUGGAAGAUGAAAAUAGUUCACUCUGUAGUGAUGAACUAAAUUCUUGUGCUGUGGGCUUUAGUAUUGCAGUGCUAGUUUGUGAAUCAGUUCAGGCUUUUGUUUGCUGCCUGCUCUUACAUGGAAUACGCAAGGAACGAUUCAAACUGAUGGUGCCAUACAUGAUAUGGAGCGUCAUCCGUUUUUGUACGAUUCUUGGAUUGUCUGUGUUUAGCAUCAUCUACUAUGCUUUAAUGCCAUUGGUUGUACUGAUGCUCCUAUCACCUAUGAUCAUCCUUGGUGUUAUUGAAACUGUCUAUCUGUUAUUCAUCCAUGCUCAGUACAGAGAGGUGAAACGAGCUCAGUGUGAAGGCCAUGCUAUUUUAGAGGAGGAAUUUGAGAAUUUAUAAAUUUUGGAAAUGAUAAGAAAAUUAAAAGUUGCCUUUCCUCAUUCUCUGCAUUCUGCUUGAAUCAAUCUCUCUCUCUCUCUCUUGCCUCUUGAAAAGUUAUUAAUUUGUUUGGGAUUUAGCUGUUAUAAUAAUAAUAAUGUUUGUCUAAAAUAAAAAAUACAGUUGAA